AUGGGCAAGCUCGGUCGUUACCUCGACAGCAGUGCCAUUCAGGCCUACGUAAAACCGACCCUCGAAAAACUUGGCAGUGAUCCGGACGCCGACGUUGUCUUCUUCGCAAAGCAAGCCUCCGAUGCGUUG